AUGUCUAGUCCUUUGGAUGUGGAUAAUUUUUCAACAAAGGCUAUAGAGAUGUCUUUUCAUAUAUGGUUGGAGAUUGAAAAUGGUUGUAACAAUCUUGUUAGAGUGAGUGUAGACUUGAAUCACAAAUAA